UCUUGUUAUCAGCUGGUAGGUGUUCGUGCGGUCAACAUGCUCCGAAGACAGAGAUCAAGAAUUGAAGCUUGCAAAUACAAAAUACUUCUAGUCGGUGAACAAUUAAGGUUUCAGAUGCAUGUGCAACACGUCAUAGAAGAGCGCAGGUUCCACUUUCGAAACUACAAGGCAUGUUUCGUGGGCAGGGACGCCGUUGAUUGGUUAAUCCUCAACAGACAUGCGCAUACGAGGGAGGAAGCCAUGAUGUGCAUGGGCUUAUUACAAGACCAGGAAGUGAUUCACCACGUGUGCGACGAUCACUCGUUCAAGGACGAGCACCUCUUCUACCGCUUCCGUAGGGACGACGAGACCUAUUUACAGAACAAGGAUCUUAGAGCCUUCUUUAAGGGCCAACAUCUGUUUGACAGACUAUUUGCUAGCCGCGCCGUCCUGCGCGACUUCCACGCCCCCGGCGUCGUGUACCGAGACAGCUUCAUGGGGCGCGAGUUGAUUGACUGGAUGCUCCAGAGCGGGCUGUCCUUCACCAGGGAUGUGGCCAUCAAAGACUGCAGGGAACUGCUGGAGAAUGACGUCAUCAAACAUGUGACAGACGACUACCACUUCCGGGACGACGACCUGAUCUACCAGUUCUCCAUGGACUUCCACCAACCCUACCUCCUCUCCGACAUCCUCUCCUUCCGUCGCACCUCAUCCUCAUCCUCAUCUUUGGGCUACACGCGGUCCUCCGUCGAGAUGACGACGCUCAGGAGACGCUCAACUCCCGUAUCAAUGACAUCUUCUCUUAGAUCUGCUGCCGAUGACUCUUCGUCAGACUCGAGUCGGAACUCGCUUCCCAUGUCGAACCCCAGUCCUCUCGAGUCGGUAGACGACAUGUCUUCCAGACUUCACUCUGGCUCCUUCUCAACCGAUUCCCUCCAGCCAAAGUCAGUGUUGUUACGGCAUGUCACGGUGCAGGAACUCGAAGACCCAGACACGCCUUACAUGAAACACACAGUCAAGAUGAUAAGUGACUCGGUGGGAUAUGGGUUCGUCAUCCGUGGGAACAGUCCCGCCUACGUCCAGACUGUGGACCCCAACGGCCCCGCUGCCGCUGCCGGGAUUAAGGUGCGACAAUUCAUCCACUCUGUCAACGGAAAGAACGUGCUUCGAAUGGACCACAAGAGCGUGGGCAAGCUCAUUCAACAGAAGAUGGGGACGGUGUGUCUCGUGGUCAUGACCCACAAGCGGGAUGCUGCUGCUCACACGCGGUGAUGUCCGCCUCAUUGUUGGCUAGACACAUACUUAAAACACUCGGUGGAUAACUGAACCCCAUGCUGGUCGGAAGACACAACGACAUUUAACGGGUGGUCACACUGCGAACACGAUCGGCAGUUUCUGCUAAACAUAGUCCGUCUUUGCAGUUCCGGAAAGGGCCGAGUUGUGCCGACUGGUCACGUAAGUGUCCGAUUUGGUUAAUCACGUUUACAUCUUAUCCUGAUGGUGUGGACGUUGGCUACAGCAUUAGUCACUGGAUUGUCUGGUCCGGACUCGAUUAUUUACAGGACUUUGUUCGGCGUUAAACGAUAUACACUCACACAACACUCCUGGACUCAUUCAUUCUGCAGAGCCACAGCCUUCAGACUACCACGGACUGAACUAAUGGAUAUAGAAUAUAACAAUGAAAUUCAGUUCAAAAUUAACUGUCUGUAUCAGAGUUUUGUUCAAAUCUGUGUGAUAUGUUAGUGUUUUUAAGAAACAUCAGUGUAAUUGCAUCUGUCAAUAUUAUCAGCAAUACCAGGAUGUGUCCGCAAACUGUGCGCAAUGUAAGCGGAUCCUUGCAUGAUUAGGGGGCUCAACUCAGCACAGAAAAUAGUAGCACAGCGCCUCAGAUCCAGAUCUGUACCACAAGUACAUGAGGGACCUUCAUACACUUUAAUGUCGGUACAAAAUGGAGAAAACCGCAAAUAAGGAUGAUUAGAGUACCGGUAAAAACA